UUUUACCAUAGCAUUCAUUAUAUUAUUUCUACAAUGUUUACAUUUGUAUAACGUAUUUCCGGAUAUAACAACGAAUUACAGGAAAAUAACGAGUGGCGUGUCCGUGGCGGAGGGAUAUAACAUCUCCGACAAGUCAAAAUAUUGGCGUGUAGAAGUAGUUGGGAGACCGCGCCAAAGAUCAGAGUGCGAAUAUACUUCGGAAUAUUAACACAGGUCUUAGGAUCUCUUGUCACCUUCUUGUAUAAAGCUAAUAUUUAUACGAUCUGUGAGUGUCGUUUCUUUGGUAUCUUGAGAAGCCGCUAUUCUUUCAGCUGCAGCAAUCAGGAUAAGAGGAUUUUCGUUGUAUACGGCGUUUCCGAAUUUGGAUAAGGACGACGCGGCAUUUAUUUGACACGGUGCGGUGGAGUUGGCACACUGGAUAGCUAGCGGAUACCAUCGCUAACCUUUGCAAUCAUAUUUAGCUACAUUGGACUGGUCUGAAUCUACCUUUCCAGAUAAACAAGGAUUUCUUUAGUCUUACGUUCGAGUAUGUUGCUGUCAAAGUUUGGCUCAUUCUCACACAUUUGCAACCCGUCGAGCAUGGAUCAUUUACCGGUGAAAAUACAACUCCAGUCAGUAAAACCGGACAAGGAGCCGUUCGAAAAGGUUUACCAAGUGGGAUCUGUGCUGGGCAGUGGUGGAUUUGGCACAGUCUACGCCGGUAGUCGGCUCUCGGAUGACACACCGGUCGCAGUGAAACAUGUGGCGAAGGAGAGAGUUACGGAAUGGGGCACUAUUAAUGGUGCAAUGGUGCCUUUGGAGAUUCUGCUUUUGAAGAAAGUCAGUUCAUCGUUUCGAGGGGUUAUAAAACUGCUGGAUUGGUAUGAGCGACCCGACGGCUGGUUGAUUGUUAUGGAACGACCGGAGCUGGUCAAGGAUCUUUUCGAUUUCAUAACGGAGAAGGGUGCUUUGGGAGAAGAAACUGCGAGAGGAUUUUUCCGCCAGGUUUUGGAGGCUGUCCGUCACUGCUACAGCUGCGGGGUAGUUCACAGAGAUAUCAAAGAUGAAAAUCUUCUUGUAGAUCUACGCACUGGGGACCUCACGCUCAUUGACUUCGGUUCAGGGGCGAUUCUCAGGGACACUGUCUACACUGACUUUGACGGUACAAGAGUAUAUAGCCCGCCAGAGUGGAUUCGCUUCCAUAGAUACCACGGGCGCUCAGCAACGGUGUGGUCACUAGGGGUGCUGCUAUACGACAUGGUCUGUGGAGACAUCCCCUUUGAGCAGGAUGAAGAAAUCCUUAGAGGGAAGCUGUACUUCAGGAGGAGAGUGUCUGCUGAGUGCCAGCAGCUGAUCAAGUGGUGCCUGUCGUUACGGCCCUCAGACAGGCCUACCUUGGAACAGAUCCUGGACCACCCGUGGAUGUGCUUGGCUGGGGAGGUGUCGCCGUCCUCCAAGCCAGAGGAUGGGGACAUCCGGCUGAGCACGAUUGAAACAGACACAUCCUCCAGCACAAGCUCCAGCAAGGAGAGCCUAUGAAAGACAAGGGGGUGGGGGGGUGGAUAACUGGACUCAAAGGGCUCUGGUCCUGAUGCCCCACCAUGGCUUAGGCUGGCAGAAUUAUAAUUUUUUCUUUUCCUUUUUUAGGGAAUUAUUUAUUACAGUUUGUUCUUCCUUUUUAUCUUUUAUUUUUUUAUAAGUCGUUGUUUCCAAAUGUGGAACAUUUGCUGUUUGGGCGGUCUUUACCAGUGACUAUUUAUUUUAUACUUUGUUUUCAAAUUUGUUACAUUGAGGCUGGUUUAAACCCCCCCUAUUCAGACAGACAAGUCUGCUCUCAUAGAGCUUGGAUAAUACCUUUUAUUUAAAUGUUUUAAUUUUGAUUUGGAGUGCCUUUUUGAAAGCUGCUUUUUGGGGCUUUCGUCAUAACUUUUGAGUUGUAACACUUUUGGGUCGGAUUGUAAGUUUCCCACCCUGUCAUGAAGAUUUGUCUUUGUUUCAGUGUGGCAAACUACACCACCCAGAAUGCUUGGGGAUCAUACGAUUGGGGACAAUGGGGAGGGGGGGGGUUGUUAACAGUUAACCAUGGAAUACUUGAAACGCAACUCACUCACAAUGCGUCCCCUAACUACGCUGCUCACUCCUAUUACACCCUCAAAAGAGAUGUUGGGAUUUCUCAAAAUCAGAUUUUUUAUUUUUUUGAAUGUGUAUAAAAAAUACACCCCCCCCUUAAAAUCUCACUGCUGACACUACAUUGCUCCUGCCCUGGUCUGGUGUGAAAUGCAGGGCCUAAGUGUGAAAUGCACAAUCAAUGCAAUAUUCAUGGACUCAGUUAUGUAUUUUUGAAUACAAAUAUUGUACAGUGUUUCUUUUCUUUUUACAUUUUGUUGUACACACCCUCCUCCCCCUCACAUUUAAUUUAUUUGUAAUGUUUAGACAUUCCACAUUCUUGUGGCUAUUUAUUUAUUUAUUAUCUAUGCUUAAGAGAGAAAGUGAGAAAUCCCAGAAUUUGCAUAUCUUUAAAUGGCCUUUUGUUUUGCAUUCCUGUAAUUAUUUUUCAUUUUUUUCACUUCAACAAUUCUUUUGAGAUGGUGGAUGGAUGCACUGAAGCUGUUGUCUAUGUAAAGAGGAAUAAAACAAGGUUUACUUAAAUUUGGAAGAGCUAUGAAUGUUAUUUAACUCCUUUAUGGUGGUGUCUAUGGUGAUUUUUGGAUAGACUGGCCAUACCUGAAUCUGAAAUUACAUCUGUGUUUUCGGCCUGCAUUACAUGUGUGCUGUCUCCAUGCAUUUAACUCUGUGGAAGUGUAUAGCUAUUUGAUGGGAUAGGGCUAUCUAUUUAUGUGGCUAGCCUGGUGUUAGAUGUUCUCUUUCACAUUAGCUGUAUGACAUGUGAACAAUGAUACAGAUCUGGAGAUGCUAUUUUUUUAUACAAACAUUUCAAUAAAAUCUUUUUUUUGUACAGAAAA